AUGGCAUACAACCACUUCGCCAUGCCUGAUCCAGAGCUCGAUCCCCUUUUGAAGGCGAUCGGACCUCAACCCUCUGACGUUCUCAAAGACUUGAAGGCGUUUCGAAAGGGGUUCGAACACUUCGCAGACGCACAGAGAACGGCGUUUUCCAGUCAGCUUCGUGCCGCAGAGGCGGCCCUCGUCGCACAGGAUCACACCAUCGCCGCGGAGGACGGGUCGUUCACUGUGCGGAGUUAUUACCCGUCGGAGCCGAAGGAUGGCGUAUUCCCCCUUUUGGUGUGGACCCACUGUGGAGGCAUGAUCGUUGGAGGUGUGGAAACCGAUGACCCCUUCUGUCAUCUACUUUCGCACGAGCUGCAGAUGACUAUCGUAAACGUCAACUACAGGCUCGCUCCCGAGCAUCCUUUCCCCACUCCGCUCAACGACAGUUACGCCGCGCUGAAAUGGUCCGUCCUCAACGCAAACCUGCUGCACGCGGAUCUCUCCAGGGGCAUCAUCUCGGGAGGUGCCUCCGCCGGAGGCGCCCUCGCCGCCGCUCAGGUGCACCGCGCCCAGUCCGAUCCGUUCUUCGCCGCACACAACACCAAGAUCUCUGGCCUGUUCUUGCAGGUUCCGAUGCUCUGCCAACCGUCUGACAUCCCCGAAGACUUGAAGGCAAACGUGACCUCCUUUGACCAGUGCGCGGAAGCACCCAUGCUCUCGACCGCCCUCCACAAGGAAGGCUGCGCACUAACGGGCGCGAAGAACGACGACCCGGAGUUCGCCCCGCUCCUCAACACGUCCUUCGAGGGCCUCCCGCCUACGCACAUCCAAGCGGCGGGUAUAGACCCUCUGCGCGAUACGGGCCUCGCGUACGCCGAGCGGCUGAGAGCGGCGGGGGUCCCGACUAAAGCCAUAGGGUACCAGGGCGCGACGCACGCGUUCCAUUAUGCGUUCCCGGAAACGGCGCUGGCGCGGAAGUGGGAGCGCGAGGCCCGGGACGGGCUGCGGUGGCUUAUGGAGCAGGCGAAGACGCCGUAG